AUGUCCGGUGUAAAGGAAAAUGAGACGCAGGUGUCGAAGCCAGUGGAAGCCGCUAUGAAGCCUGGUGCUCAUCUUGCCAACCCUGCACCACUGGCGCUGGGUGGCUUUGCUACCACUCUGUUAUCCGUAUCACUGGCCAUGAUGAAUUUUCGCGGUGUCUUUACACAAACAAUUUUCAUGGGUGACCUUUGCUUUGUUGCCGGAAUUGGUCUACUUAUCUCAGCCCAAUGGGAGAUGGUCCGAGGCAAUACCUUCUCUUAUACAGUCCUGUCCGCAUACGCGUUCUUUUACGGCGGUUAUGGAGUGAUCAUGAUUCCUGUUUUGGGCAUUGUUGAUGCAUAUGGCGGGUAUACACCCGAAUACCACAACGCUCUCGGCUUUUUCGUAUUGUUAUGGGCGGUCUUCAAUCUUUUCUUUCUGUUGGCCAGCUGUGCUGUGAACAUUGUCUAUGUUCUUCUGUUUCUCACACUUGAAUUGUGUCUCUGCUUUGAUGCUGCAUCGAGCUUUGCCAUGGCCGAUGGGUUGGUGGAGACAAGCGCAAACCUCAUGACCGCUGCUGGUGCUUUCGCUUUCGUUUCCAGUUUACUUGGAUACUAUUGCGUCUUCCAUGGGCUAUGCCAAGACGCUGUGCCAUUUUCAAUCCCAAUGGGUGACACGUCCCGGGUUUGGAAGCGUUGGUGCAAUAAGACAACUUCGCAAAAUUCAAAGAGCGAAAAAGAUAUGGCGUAA